AUGCUGUUACGUUCAGAAUGCGUGAAGAUGAUGCGGCCAGUGCAGAAGUACAUCAAGAAACUUACGGAAGCUAGUAACGAAAAGGAGGCUGCAAGGUACCUGAUGAAGCUAGGUGACAAUUGUCGCGAUCAGUUGGAUGAGAUGCUUAAGAAAAAACCAAAGACAAAUAUCCGUAAAUGGUACAACUAUAUGUGGAUAUUCCUAUCGAAAUUUGUUUCCCAAGAACCUAUGGAGAUGCUGCAGAAGUAUCGAGAACUUUGCGCAUUGAACCAUGUCAAGGAUCAUUCACCGCAAAAGAUUGACGGAGAGAGGAGAGAGAAAGAUAUUGAUAAGAAGGAAAGCAAGGAACAACAUAAGAAGAAACACCAUAAAGAGCAUAAGCAUGACAAACAACAUAAAGAGCAUCGUCACAAGCUUCACGAAGGCCAUAAGGUAAUCAAAUUUUCCAUGUGUUUUUUUUUCUUCAGAAAAGCAGUGACUCGAUAGAG